AUGACCUAUAAGACUCAGUGCAGGAAUGGCUACACCGCUCCGCGCUCGACUCGGAGACGGGUUCCGCGCGCCCCCCACGCUCCUCAUGUCCCCGCCGCCGCCAUCGACUCACCCAGUCGCGGGCGCCGUCGCCACCGCCGCCGCCGCCGCCGCCGCUGCCGCGGGAUCCCUGCGUCAGCCGCCGUCGCCGCGGUUCCGAGCCGCCGGGCCCGCCCCCGGGCGGAAAUAGCCGAACGCAUUCGGGCCGGGAGGGCGGUCCUUCCCCCGCCCCACACCGAGCUGGAGCUCGGAGACCGAAGCGCGCGGGUUUGCGUCCGGAAACAGCCGAACGUACUCCCGCGGGAAUGGUCGGCCGCCGUUUGCCACGAGACAGCCGAGGGUGGCCGGAAACAGCCGAGAGCAACCGAGUCGGGAGAGCGCUGGAGGGGCUGCUGGGCCGGCGGGGAGGGUCGAGAGGAUACGGAAACAGUCGAACUGGACUCGGAGAGCGAGCGCCCGCGCCGAAGCUGGAGGGCCGGACCCCGCUGGCCUCCCAUCCCGAAGAGCCGAACGGCACCGCGGGUUUGUUUUUACGAAGGUGUGAACCCGCGGCACCGAGGAGCGUGUCUGGGAAGAACCGAACGGUCUCCAAUACAGGUCUUGGAGUUGACACUCGGCGGCCGCCGACAGCUUCCGGAACUUGCCGAAGCACGUCCGGUUAGGCGGCCGCAAGAGGCGAAGGCGCUCCCAUGGCAACCCUCGGCGUCCGGAAACAGCCGAAGCGUCUCCGGCCCAUCGCGUUCGAGAACGAGCUCAGCGCACAGACCUGGGUGGAAAACGGAGACGGAGCGGUUGCAGCCGAGGCAGAGGACCGGGCUCAGCUCCCCACCCAACGCGCUCCUCUGGUGUCUCUGGGCCCGGGACUUGCACUCAGGUGGUGCACAUACACAUUAAGUGUUCUUGAAGAGAAAAUACAGGAAGAUGAACUGACUUGUUAAUUGAAGAGCUAAAUGACUUUUUUUUGAGACAGUCUCUCACUGUGUAGACUAUGCUGGAGUUAGAGGCAAGUGCUACCACACUCAGCUUUGUAGGGUUUUUUUUUUUAUUUAUGUUUUGUUUUUCGAGACAGAGUUUCUCUGUUGUAGCCCUGGCUGUCCUGUAGACCAACUUGAUCUGUAGCCCAGGCUGGCCUCAAACUCACAGACAUCCACCUGCCUCUGCCUCCCGAGUUAAAGGUGUGUGCCACCGCC